AAAUAGAAGUGAUCACAACUUUUAUGCAAUUGCAUUUUUCAAGAAUUUUUGUUCCCCACUCUUUCAUUGCUUUAUUGAAUUUCUCAUCAUAAUGUCUGGAAAUGGCGUUUCUGCAGUGUCGGUGGAAUCAGAAUUCACGAACAUCAGUCGCAAUGAUUUCCCUUCUGAUUUCAUUUUUGGGACUUCAACUUCUGCUUACCAGGUUGAAGGAGCCGCGAGCGAAGGAGGUAGAGGCCCAAGCAUUUGGGAUGUUUUCGCCUUGCAGACCCCUGAUAGAAUUGUUGAUGGAUCCAGUGGGGAUGUUGCUGCUGAUAUGUAUCACAAAUAUGAGGAUGACUUUAGGAUGAUGCAAGCCAUGGGUCUGGAUUCUUACAGAUUUUCAAUUUCAUGGUCCAGAGUCUUACCUAAGGGAAAAAUUAGCCUUGGAAUUAACCAGGAAGGAGUCGAUUUCUACAAUAAAAUGAUAAACUCCCUCAUCGACAAAGGUAUCGAACCAAUUGUUACUUUGUUUCACUGGGAUCUUCCUCAGUUUUUGCAACAAGAGUACGGUGGAUUUAUGAGUGAAAACAUUGUGAAGGAUUAUGUAGACUAUGCGGAACUUUGCUUUCGGCAUUUUGGCGAUCGGGUCAAGAAAUGGGUAACUUUGAACGAAGCAUAUAUGUUUGCUACCUUUGGAUAUGUUAUUGGGAUUUAUGCUCCUAGUCGUCCCCAACCUAUUUUCCAAUAUGGCACCAAAGAGGACAUUCUAAUUCAUUCUAAUUACAUUCAAGAAGUGUACACUGUGGGAAGAAACUUGCUCCUUGCUCAUGGAAAGGCAGUUCAAUCUUACAGAACCAAAUUUCAAAAACAGCAAAAAGGUAUUAUAGGAAUGAUCAUUAGCAGCAACUGGAAUGAGCCUUACUCUGAUAAACCAGAAGACAUUGCAGCUAACCAAAGAGCAACCGACUUCCAAAUUGGAUGGUUCUUGGAGCCAGUGUUGGGGGGUCAGUACCCAGCAUCAAUGUUAGAACUUGUUUCACCUGAAAAUUUGAAGCCGUUUACUGAAGAAGAAUCGAAGCUGCUCAAAGGCUCCAUCGACUUUUUAGGAUUAAAUUAUUACACAUCCUACUAUGUAGCUGAUAAUCCACACCCUACAAAGGCAACUCCCUUCGAUUUCGAUCAGAAAGUCUCGACUUUAAUUGAAAGAGAUGGAUGUCAGCAAAUUGGUCCAUUGGCUCCAGGUUCGAUCUGGCUUUACAUAGUCCCAUGGGGAAUCCGAAAACUGUUGAAUUACAUGAAGAAUAAAUAUGAAAACUCCACAUACAACCUCCCGACUAUCUACAUUACCGAAAAUGGUGUGACUCAACCGAAUGAUGGAAGGCUCACUGCAGAGGAGGCGUGCAAUGAUCCGUGGCGUGAGAAUUAUUUCCGUGACCAUAUUCAAAAUGUACUCCUAGCAAUCAAAGAGGAUAGAGUCAAUGUAAAGGGAUAUUUCGUAUGGUCUUGGUGCGACAACUUCGAAUGGAAUAGUGGAUACACCGUUAGAAUGGGCAUGGUUUACGUCGACUAUUUGGACAACCAAAAACGAUACCUUAAACAAUCAGCCAAGUGGUAUGCCAAAUUCUUGACCAAGAAUGAUCCGCAAGAAAAGACAGCUGCUGUUCGGGGGACACGAACAAUGUUAUCCGAAGCUGUUCGAAUUUGUCUCGAAGGAGUCUGUCGCCGGGUAGGAAAAUGUUGCCGAAGCCGCGAUCUACUACUGCUCUUCCAUCGGCAUGAUGAAAAGAUAAUUGAAUCUGUUCGUCUCACCCGUAAACCACAAAGCAGAGAGUGUUUGGUUUAUCUAUCUGUUUGUUUGGUUAUUUUUCUAAUUUUCAGUGUAUGUGUUCAUACCUUUUAACCUUAAUUUAUUUUUAAUAUUCUUUCCGUCUUAAUACAAUAGUCUUAUUUAUUA